UGGGUUGUGUCUUUCUUUAUCUCUACAUCAAAGCAAAUUCUAAAGGAGAAGGCAGAAGGAGAAGGAGGUGUUUGGAUUGAUACACUAAAUUUCUACACAGUUUCUGCUUUUGGGUUAACAUCAACUCCUUCCAUCUCUGUUCUUCUUCUUUUUCAUCUUAUAUUGCUUAUUUUUCAGGCCAAACUCCUAUAUUUUCCAUAUUUGAACUGGGUUUUUUGUGUUUGUCACCUACUUUGGAGACUGUUAUGAGAAUUUGAAGUGGGUUUUUCUUUGGUGGAAGGUUCAUUGAUGGCUGCACAAGAUUUGAUUGAAGUGAAAUUCAGGCUCUCCGAUGGCACUGAUAUUGGGCCAAGCAAGUAUAGCCCAGCUGUCUCUGUGGCAUCUCUCAAGGAAAAAAUACUUGCACAAUGGCCUAAAGAUAAAGAAAAUGGUCCGAGAACAAUGAAUGAUCUGAAGCUAAUUAAUGCUGGAAAGAUAUUGGAAAAUAACAGGACACUUGCUGAGUCCAAACUUCCGGUUGAUCUUCCAGGAGGUGUCAUCACCAUGCAUGUUGUCGUGCGCCCUCCUCUUUCAGAAAAGAACGCUGACAAAGUGCAGAAUGAUUUGCCAAAGAAGAACAUGAAUCGGUGUGUAUGCUCAAUAUUGUAGCCCCAGGGCAGGGCCCCGGGUGACCAGAAUAACAUAGCUUCUUUAAUUGGUCUUUAGUAUGGCGUCAUGUGUCUCCAUUGGCUGCUGAUCAAACUCUAAUCAGAACCACAGUUUUCUAAUCACAAAGGGAUGCAAACACAGAUAAGCUAAGCGGAUUUAUCCUUCAGGCUUCUGCUUCUUUGACUCCUCUGGUUUCAUCUGGCAUAACACAUCUUAGUUUGGUGUUUCUGUGAAUGAUAACUAAACUGUUUGCACAGUUCGAUUGGAAAAAAUAGUUACUUAAACAUUUUUCGGAAUGAAAAGAAUGUAAAGAAAACAAAAUUAUAGAAGUGAGUUCUUUGGUU